AUGUCAUACACAGGUCUCAUCACCUACGAAGUCAUUGGUAAUGCCGUUGUCAUAACCUUGAACAAUCCCGAAAAAUUAAAUUCACUUACCCUGCAUCAAUAUGAUGAACUUGCACAGCUCAUAGCGAAGGCAAACGAUGAAAAGGACACUGUGGCCACAAUUCUUCAGUCCACUGGAAGAGCUUUUUCAGCGGGCGCGGACACCAAGUCUGUUGGCAACCAAAGGAAGGAGCUCGAGAUAUGGUUGCGUUCAUCACUUGCCAUGCAAGUUCAUUUGGUUCAAUCGAUUAUGAAUCAUAAAAAAAUUUUGGCUGUUGCCUUGAAUGGAUUUGCUAUUGGAUUGACAGCUACUAUUGUCAUGAUGUGUGAUUUGGUAUACGUGCAUGAUGCUUCCAAAACGUUUUUGCUCGCUCCAUUUUCCAACAUUGGUAUUGUUGCAGAAGGUGGUUCGUCAGCCACAUUCCCUAUGAGAUUAGGUUGGUCAAAGGCAGCUGAAGCAUUGCUUUUAUCCAAACGUAUAAGUGGUGAGGAUAUGAUGAAACUGGGAGUGAUCAACAAAGACUAUGAAGGAAAAUACAAAUCAGCUGAAGAGUUCAAUAAAGCAGUGUUGGAUGAUUUGCGUCAAGCAACAGAGAACUUGCAUCCUGAUGCAAUAUUUGGAAUAAAGGAAUUACUCAAGACCAAUUUCAAACCAAUGGUUGCAUACGCUAACUCUCAAGAGAGCUACGUCGGUCUUGCUAAUUGGAUGUCUGGAUACCCCAUGGAAAGAUUCAGGAAGUUGGCAUCGGGGGAGUUGAGACACAAGAUGUAG